AAAUUAUUCCCUUGUUUUCUGUGGCCAUCAAUUAUUUAGAAGCCAGAAAGUUCAGAUUUUUAAACAAACCGCGCGACUAACUGUUGUCUCAUGAGCUUCUCACAUGGCAACUAUUGCCUCCGUAGCUUCCAUUUGUGCUCACCUAAAUUCCCAUCAUACUUUGAUCUUUCCAUCGAAAUCCCCCGGCAAAACGUAUAGAGUGCGUUGCAAUGGAGGAAACCCAACCACCAAUUCCUCGACAAAAAAAGAUCCCAAACCCCAAAAUGCACUUCUCAAGAUAGCAUGGUAUAGUUCUGAACUUCUGGGUGUUGCUGCUUCUGUUUUCCGUUCACCUUCAAUUGAGGAAGCUCCCGAGAGAACCCUUGAGCUCGCCGGAGAUGGUUCAGGUGCAGUUGAUCGCGCUGCGAUUGUGGCAACCAUCAAAGAGGACUUUGAAAAGUCUUACUUCGUCACAGGAAACCUCACUUUGAAUGCUUAUGAAGAGGAUUGUGAAUUUGCUGAUCCAGCUGGCUCCUUCAAAGGGCUUCAACGUUUCAAAAGGAACUGCACUAAUUUUGGAUCACUGCUUGUAAAGUCCAGUAUGAAGCUUAUGAAGUGGGAAGACUUUGAGGAUAAGGGAAUUGGCCACUGGCGAUUCAGCUGUAUUUUAUCGUUUCCUUGGAGACCCAUUCUUUCUGCAACGGGAUAUACAGAAUACUAUUUUGAUGCACAAUCUGGAAGAGUUUGCAGACAUGUGGAGCACUGGAAUGUUCCGAAAAUGGCUUUAUUUAGGCAAAUUCUAAAGCCUAGCAGUGGAUUUGGCAUAAGAGAUCAGGUGAAUAGGUGGUUGAAAGAUAUACAGGGGAAGCUCUAGAUAAACAAAGCUUUGUAUCUGCAUCAAAGUCCCUACAAUACCUCCACUAGUUGCAAGUUCGGACGGUCAUGAGAAUCCAGCAGAAUUUUAUGUAAUCUGAUACGGAUCUCUUGCUGAGUUGAAAUACAAGUUGGCUGUUUCUUUUGGCAUGCAUUAUCUUGGAAAAGAAUAAACCUUGAAGCAUAGGAAGAAGCUGAGAUUUAUUGUUUAAAUCCUCUAACAAACUAGUAUAGUACAGUUGUUUUUGUGGUCUGUUGUAUAGUUGUUACUUGAUAUGACACCCGGAUUGUAGGAAUUCACUGUAAGUAUUUGGCUCAGUUGAGUAAAGUAGGUAGGAGGAGAGCUAUAUGGCUGACAUCAACAGCCAUGUGACUUGAUAUUGUAAAUUCAUGCUGCACCAUUCCAUUUUAAAAUGAAUUUGAAGUCUCAUUUGGUUAA